AUGUGUGCGUCCACCUGGUCCCACCUCACACCAUCUGCAGCUCUGUCUGUGGAUCCCUGCCAUGACCCCACUGUCCCCGGACCAUCUGUGCCCAGGAGGGAGAUCCAGGCACCGCAAACCAAACGCACCCACCCAAACUCAACAGGAGGGACGGUAUUAAAGCCUGGUCACCCGCUGUUUCUGUCUCUGUGUGUGUGCGCCCGUUGUUAUCACACUGUGGGGACGGAGGAGGACCGUAUGUGGCUGGAGAAAAUCAACACAAGACAGUCCACAGAAUGA